GUAUCGUGGAUCAGACGAAAGGACCUUCACGUCUUAACUACAGGAGACUUCACCUACACCACAGCCAACAAGUUCCGCGCCCUACACCUGCCUGGUUCACCUUACUGGUCCCUACAAGUUGAGAAGCCAACCGUCGACGACUCCGGCAUCUAUGAGUGUCAGGUCUCCACGCAGCCUAAAAUCUUUCGUCGGUUUACUCUCAAUGUUGUGGUGCCAAGUGCCGCCAUCACGGGGACGAGAGAGAUGUUUAUGAAGGCCGGAAGUGACAUCAACAUCACCUGUAUCGUCAAGGGAGCCAUAAGAGGCGCGCCCGUUACCUGGUACCACGUCCUGCCACGCCCUCCCUAUACGGAAGAAGAGGUGGAAGAGAUCAAUGCAGGUGGACGUGGAGGCGUGCAGGUGGUGACGGACAAACACGCCGGUACCAGCUGGCUCCUGGUCACCCACGCCACCUGGAGGGACGCCGGGAACUACACCUGCGCGCCCGUACACGCCACCCCCGCCACUGUUUCCGUACAUGUGUUGGAUGAGGAGGUGCCCGCUGGACUUCAUCACGAUCUCCACCCCAGCGAGGGCAGGUCCAGCAUCACUUCGCCGCCUUGUUCUACCCUCCUGACGGUGCUCCUGUUGGUCCUGCAGCGUGUGGCGGCCGUCAACGAACACGGACAUUGGUGUUCCUUCUGCCUGCUACUGGGGAUCACCUCCUGCCUGAGUCUCACUGCUGUGUAUACUGCUGCUGGUGAGACGUGGACGGCAGCGCAGGAUCUGAGCAGCACCUGGUCCGUGUGGCGCCUCUAGUCGACGGCUGGGUGUGUGUGAGGGUGUCGGGAUACUCGUGGUGUGUGUGUGUGACAACCUCGGUGUGGGGACAAUAGUCUACUGGACUUCCAUCGUUGGAAAAUCGUUUAUUUUGUAUACUUUGUCCACUAGCUGUUAUUGUGCGUCCGAUAUGUCUUUAAAGAAACUUGUAUCGUGUUCACAGUUUAGCAUCUGUAACCGUGACGGUGACGUACACUGUGCUGGUGACGGCGACGAACGAUGACGUGUACGGGGCUGGUGACCACUGACGUUACUUGGAGUCAGCCAAUCAUCGCCCAUCAUCUGCUCGUCUCCUCUGUGUAUAUAUAUUAGGAGGCCGAAAUGUUCAUAACCUUCAAUAAAAUGAACAAAGACGCAGAAAUGAACAUCCUAGCCUAAAAUUACCUUCCUGAACCCUCAUUAGUGUAUUUCUGUAUACCACCGGCCUCCAGCAGCCUCCAGCAACCUCCAGCGGCCUCCAGCGGCCUCCAGCAGCCUCGUCACCGCUUCAUAAUGGAAACUACGUGUAAACUGUAUUCAGCCACAACUCUUUACUUGCAUGUUAAUAAUUAUGAGACAGAUUGACAGGAUCAGAUGAACAUUUUGAACCUUAUGAGGAAGAGUUGAACCUUUUGAACCUCAAGUGAAGCAAGAUUAAGUUUUUGAACAUUUACGGGAAUGAUACGAACCUUUUGAACCUUAAGAAGACUAGAUGAACCUUUGAAUCUUAUAACUAAUAAUUUAACCAUUGAACCUUUCCGAGGAUAAUACGAACCUUUUGAACCCUAAGUAAAUGAACCUUAUUGAACCCUUGUGUCAGUAUGAACCUCCAGUGAGCAAAAUACUAGACCGCUUUAACUGUUUUAUAAUCCAUUCCUAAGAAGUUUUAAUACAACAACAAUAACAAUAACAAAAGCAACAAAAACAACAACAACAACAUCAA